GCGCCUCCUGCGCGAGAAUCAAUCAAGGCACGGGCAGCGCGAAGUGUGAAACCCUCACCACAUCGCCUACUUAUAUCACCUUCUCCUUGCCCCUCCUCUGUAGCCCACUGAUACGGUUGAUUGCGGUGGCCCAUCAUACCGUCUCGCGUCGCCGUUCGCUUUGGAUGUUCGAUAUUUUAGUUCGAUUGAAUCUUGUGAUCGCGUAGUUUUGGGAUAAAUUCUCUCGUUUUCUCUGUAUCAUGGCGUCAAAUUCGUGUGAAAGUAAUCAAGCGGUCGACAUCGAACAAAGUCUGUACAACUUAUCCGAGGAUUUCACCCGCCAGACUCAGCUCAACGAAAUGGCAUCCAUCGGUGGCACUGUGCCUACUACAGCUGGACUAGCGGCCUCUAGUAUGCACAGCUUUGCGGAUAUCCUGCGACGCCCGAUCGCCGACGAUAUGGUGAAGAAGCUGUGCUUCAGCGAGACGCUGCUGGUGUGCGACGCGAACGAGAAGGUCGUCGGUGGUGCGGCCAUCAACGUGAGCUCGAUAGCCGGAGAGGUCCUGGCCGCAUUUUCCAGUACGCGGCUCUCAUUCCAUGGGCAUUCUACCGCCGAAAGCGAGCUGAUGUCAUUUGCGGACCGUAACUGCCGGCCAUUGCAGGAGCGGAAAUGCGAGACGGUGCGCACUGGCGCAACGAGGCAGGAAAAACAGAUACAACUCUAUUUUGACGACCGACGGCAGAUUACCGCCUACAGGCAACAGUGUAACGGUUUGCACAGUGAAAGCUUCCAGGGUGUCCUGAUUCCCGAGGGGAGCGAUGCAGAUGAUGCGCACCACCACCCACGCGCCAUGCUACUGCCCGACGGUUUGCAGCUCCUGUUGCUACGCUACCUCGUACUGAGUAACUUUGUCGGGGACAUUUGCAGUCAAACUAUCGACAUAAGUGGUAGGGUGGGCAAUUGUGUACAUAAAAUAUCAGCCGCCGUUCCAAAUCAGCAGAAACAAUCCGGCAAAGCAUCCGAAAGCAUUAAAGAAGUCAGGAAAUCCAUCUGGUACCCGGAAGAUCCGGAACCAGAGGAAAGCAUUUCGCAUUAUUCGGGUGCAGGUCGGUUGCUGCGCCAUUGCUGGACCAAUGCCAACUACGUUUUAAUCAGCAAUCCACUGGGCAGCCUUGUCCCAUCGCCCGUCGUGGAGCUUGAGCGCGGUAUCAAGGAUUACGUGAAGGCGCUGAUGCGAUUGAUUGAUAAUGGUUCCUCGAUAAGCGACCUGAUGGAUGAUAUACAGUGCUCGGUGGCGGAGAUGCACCGGUUUCGGAAUAUGGUCAAUCCGGUGCUGGUUGACUUAAUAAAGGAAAUAUAACAUUAACACACCAAACAAAACGGAAGUUACCUAGCAACGACGACGCGGAAAUCGGAAUCAACUUAGCAAC